AGAGGCAGCCAUCGCCACCCUCAUGCCAGUCUAUGUUAAGAAAUAACUCAAGAUUAUCGACCUAAAAUAGCAGAGUUCGCUACAAAGCAAUGAUUUUGUGCUUUAGUACUGGAACUUUUGGACCUGGAGGAAGGAUGGAGAUGCCGCUACUCAAAGCGCCCCGGAAAAGGCAAGUGACCGCCAUUAUUAUUCUAUUACUGUUGUGGGAGGCGGGCGGUGCGACCCUGAAAUACUCUGUUCUAGAAGAGAGGGACAGCGGCUCUUUUGUGGCCAACCUAGCAAAGGAUCUGGGGCUAGGCUUAGGAGAGCUGGCCGCGCGCGGCGCCCGGAUUCUUUCCAAAGGGAACAAACAGCAUUUGCAGCUCGAGCAGAAGAGUGGGAAUUUGCUCCUAAAAGAAAAAUUGGACCGGGAAGAGCUGUGUGGUGACACGGAUCCGUGUAUACUGCAUUUCCAGGUGUUACUGAAAAACCCACUGCAGUUUAUUCAAGGUGAACUGCAACUCCGAGAUGUAAAUGACCAUGCCCCAGAAUUCUUGGAACAGGAAAUCCCCCUGAAAAUCCCGGAAAGUAGUCAUCCAGGGACUGCAUUUCCUUUGAAAAUAGCUCAGGAUUUAGACGUGGGCAGCAACACAGUUCAGAACUACACAAUUAGCACCAAUGCCCACUUCCACCUUAUCACUCGCAAUCACAGCGAUGGCAGAAAAUACCCUGAGCUGGUGCUGGACAAAGCGCUGGACCGUGAGGAGCAGCCAGAGCUCAGGUUAACCCUCACGGCGCUGGAUGGGGGGUCACCACCCAGGGCUGGGACUUCCCGUGUCCUCAUUGUAGUCCUGGACAUAAAUGACAAUGCCCCUGAAUUUGAUCAGCCGCUCUAUGAGGUGCAGGUCUCAGAGAACAGCCCCAUAGGCUCUCUUGUUGUCACUGUCUCCGCUAGGGAUUUAGAUGCUGGGACCCACGGAGAGCUCUCCUACUCAUUUUUCCAAUCCUCAAAUCAAGUCAUUCAGGUGUUUGAAAUAAAUUCAGUCACGGGAGAAAUUCGAUUAAAAAGAAUGUUGGACUUUGAGGAAAUUCAGUCUUACAGUAUGGAAAUUGAGGCCUCAGAUGGAGGGGGGCUUUCAGGAAAAUGCACGGUGGCCAUAGAAGUGAUGGAUGUAAAUGACAACGCCCCGGAACUGACCACCUCAUUACUCACCAGUGAGAUCCCAGAAAACACCCCUGAUACUGUGGUAGCCGUUUUCGAAAUUUCAGAUCCAGACUCGGGAGACAAUGGCAAAAUGAUGUGUUUCAUCCAAGACCAUCUCCCCUUCCUUCUGAAACUUACCUUAGAAAACUUCUACACCUUGGUAACAGAAGGAGCUCUGGAUAGAGAGCACCAGGCCGAGUACAACAUCACCAUCACCGUCACAGACAUGGGGACUCCCAGAAUGAAAACCCAGCACAACAUAACUGUGCUGGUCUCCGACGUCAACGACAACGCCCCGGCCUUCACCCAAACCUCCUACAGCCUCUUCAUCCCAGAGAACAACAGCCCCGCCCUGCACAUGGGCAGCCUCAGCGCCACAGACAGAGACGCAGGCGCCAACGCCCAGGUCACCUACUCGCUGCUGCAGCCCCAGGACCCCAGCCUGCCCCUGGACUCGCUGGUGUCCAUCAACGCCGACAACGGACACCUGUUCGCCCUGAGGGCGCUGGAUUUCGAGGCCCUGCAGGCAUUCGAGUUCCUGGUGGGCGCCACAGACCACGGGUCCCCGGCACUGAGCAGCCAGGCGCUGGUGCGCGUGCAGGUGCUGGACGCCAAUGACAACGCGCCCUUCGUGCUGUACCCGCUGCAGAACGGCUCUGCGCCCUGCACCGAGCUGGUGCCCAGGGCGGCCGAGCCUGGCUACCUGGUGAGCAAGGUGGUGGCGGUGGACAGCGACUCGGGCCAGAACGCCUGGCUGUCUUACCAGCUGCUCAAGGCCACAGAGCCCGGGCUGUUCAGCGUGUGGGCGCACAAUGGCGAGGUGCGCACUGCGCGGCUGCUGAGCGAGCGCGACGCGGCCAAGCACAGGCUGCUGCUGCUGGUCAAGGACAAUGGCGAGCCGCCUCUGUCAGCCAGCGUCACGCUGCACGUGCUGCUGGUGGAUGGCUUCUCGCAGCCCUACCUGCCUCUGCCCGAAGUGGCGGCCGCCGCGGCCCAGACUGACCCGCUCACGGUCUACCUGGUCAUCGCUUUGGCGUCGGUGUCGUCGCUCUUCCUGUUCUCGGUGCUGGCGUUCAUCGCAGUGCGGCUGUGCAGAAGGAGCAGGGCUGGCCUGGUGGGUGGCUGCUCGGUGCCUGAGAGCCACUUUCCGGGCCACCUGGUGGACGUCAGCGGUACUGGGACCUUGUCCCAGAGCUACCAGUACGAGAUAUGCCUGACCAGAGGCUCCGGGUCAAAAGAGUUCAAAUUCUUGAAUCCAGUUGUCCCCUACCUCCCUCCCCAGGGCACUAGAGAGGAAAUGGAGGAAAGUGCCAGCUUCCGGAAUCACUUGGUAUUCAACUAGAAAUCUCAU